AUGAGUUUCCCUUUCAUCUCAGACGACCCGUCGCAGCUUUCUGUCGAUGAUUUGCUCAAACUCAUUGACUGGAAAGAGCUAGAACAUAACCUCUCAAGCUCUUAUGACUCCACUGGGCCACUUUAUAUUGUCGAUGAGCCUAUGGACUUGGAGCUGGAAACAAAUGCCAAGUCUGAACCCCCUCUGCGCUCGCGCAAGCGUAAGAUGGCCCCGAUGCUGAAUCCAGUUCAGCAUUUGGGCAUUGUUCAGUCAACUGGUCCGCUUAUUAAGAAAAAACGUAUUCGCCGUGAGAUUGUCGAGCUUAAACUUCUGCGCGAAGAAGUAAAGGAACUUGAAAACAAAUUACGAAAUUUACAGCAACACUUUUCAAGGCCAGAUUUUGCAAAUGGUGUAGCAGUACAAUUGGGAAAUCUAACCCCAUCCGUGUGGACUUCGAUAGCAGGCCGUCAGUUGAGGGAUCGCAUGCGGGCCGAGCGCGACAAUCUAGAGCUGCGAAAGACGCUGCGAGAUCAGCUCAAAAUCGCACAGGGCCUCGAAGAUGCGCUGAAACAGAUGUCACCUAUUCAGGGUUCUACCAGCCAACCAACAGUAUUACUCCCACUUAUUAUCUUUAGGCCUUCCAGUUUUGAGCCCCUUCCAGAGAGCUUGGAGCCUAAUCUCGUUUGCAAGCUCUUUCAGCAAAAUUUACAUGUCGAAGAAUAUUCAAGCACACUGUUUUGUCUUUCGGCUGUCGAAAUAUGA